GCAGUUUGACACUUUGACAAUCAAAGUGACAACAGUUUUCGGGAAAAAAGUCAGCCUGUUUUUCUUUUGAUAAACAGUUCCUUUUUCGAAUUCUCAAAAAUAAUGGUGGGCGCAAUGCCUGUUAACUUAAUACCAAAAUUUUGCAACGGUACCAUGGACAGUCACAAUGGUACCGAGGAUAGCGAAAUUCAAGUGCAUAUCGGUAGUCGCGUGAAGAGUAGCGAUGAUUUCGGUACGGUGAAGUAUAUUGGUGAAGUGCACGGAUACAAGGGUGUAUGGUACGGCGUUGAGUGGGAUGACCCGGUGAGGGGCAAGCAUGAUGGCUCCGUGGACGAUGUGCAGUACUUCAAGACGUCCAAACCAGGGGCAGGUUCUUUCAUUCGUCCGAACAAGAUCUCUCCGUUUAAAACUUGUGCCGAAGCUAUUCGGAGGUACUACGGAGAUCGGGAGGAUGAGACGGUGGCCGCUCACCGCAGAACGGUCAUCAACGAGUGGAAGCGAGAGAUGGGGGCGCCGUUCAUUGAAAUGGUUGGAUUCGAGAAAAUUCAUCAGAAACAAAAGUUCGACCGUCUUCUAGAAGUGUGCGUCCACGAUCAGAACAUUGCCAAGCCCGGAGACGUGGCCUCCCUAUGUCCCAACGUGCGCAGUUUGGAUGUGUCACGGAAUCUCUUCUGUAACUGGAGGGAGGUCAUACAGUUGUCUGCGCAGUUGCCUGAUUUGAAGGAGUUGGAUGUCAACAAAAACCGAAUGGCCAUAGACAUGCCAGAGGAAACAUUAGCCCAACUGUCGAUUAACUUCGCAAGCCUUGAAAAGCUGAACAUUUCAGUAUGCGACUACGAGUGGGCAGACAUUCUCGCACUCUCCCACUUAUGGCCAAAACUCAACGAAAUGAUCGCGGCAUACAACAGAAUUAAAAAAAUUAUCCCACCAACGUUGACAUUGAAAACUUUGACAGUUUUAAAAUUGGAUGGCAACCCUCUUGAAUCGUGGCAUGAAAUUAUGAAUCUUGGUAACCUGAAUUUAAAGGUUUUGAGCUUGAAUGAAUGUCAGAUCACGGAAAUAAGGUUUAAUGAUAAUCCUGAUGAUAAAGUGGAUAUUUUUGAGAAGUUGGAAGUCUUGUUUUUGAAUCGGAACAGGAUUAAUGAUUGGAGAUCACUGAGCGAGCUGAACAAAAUCAACUGUCUAAAGAAGCUAUACUUCCUGAAGAACCCCAUACAAGAGACUGAGGACUACGAUACUGGCUCACAACUUAUUAUUGCUAAGAUUGAUACGCUACAGGAACUGAACGGCUCAACAAUAACACGGGAACUACGCCGCGGCGCGGAGUACGACUACAUGAAGCGAUACGGCGCCGAGUGGAAGCUCGCACAGGCAGACCCGGGGGCACAGCGUCAAUUCAGCGUGGAGCACUGUCGGUUCACUGAACUUAUUAAUAAAUACGGCAUUCCAGACGACAGCUUGCUAGUGAAACAACCGAAAAACAUGACGCUCACAUCACAACUGUUAGAAAUAGUGUUACGAGACGAAAACGGAAAAUCCUUCAAAAAGAAAUUCCCGUCCUCCAUGUUUGUGCAAAAGCUGGUAACACUCGCACAAAGAUUGUUCCCCAGAGCUGGCUACACUGGGCCACCAACAUUAUAUUUACUCGACGAUCAAAUGAAAGGCGCAGAAAUAUGUCUUGACAACGUUAUGAAAGAUCUCGCCUAUUUUUCAGUCAAAAACGGAGACACAAUUCUCGUUAGAUUCAGGUAAAUUUUUUUCCCCCGACUGGCAACACAAAUCAAGAUGGCCGUUGAUUUUAAUUGGCGCGCAUUUUAAUGUAUUUAUUUAUAAAACUUAUUGAGCUUUGUAAAUAAUGUUAUCUCGAAAUUGUACCUGUAUUUAUGGUGAAUAUUAUUUUUCCUCAAAAUAAAUGUUCAAUUAUGUAUUUUUA